CUCUUGCCCACAGGUGAGGAGAUCAGUGUUGUUCCCAAUCGGUCACUGGAUGCCAGUCUGUCUCCAGUCAUCCUGGGUGUCCAGGGAGGGAGUCAGUGCCUGUCAUGUGGGACAGAGAAGGAACCAACUCUGAAACUGGAGCCCGUGAACAUCAUGGAGCUCUACUGCAGUGCCAAGGAAUCCAAGAGCUUCACCUUCUACUGGAGGGACAUGGGACUCACCUCCAGCUUCGAGUCGGCCGCCUACCCAGGCUGGUUCCUCUGCACAGCACCCGAGGCUGACCAGCCUGUGAGGCUCACCCAGAUCCCCGAGGACGCUGCCUGGGACACCCCCUGGGAUGCCCCCAUUACGGACUUCUACUUCCAGCCCUGUGAUUAGGGCCCCGGUUGCCCCCACAACUCCCCAGGAAGUGCCAGCUCCAGCAGGGGCAGGGGUGAGGGGGACCGUCCCUGCUCUCAGAAUUCAGGGCACCCAGCCGUGCUCCCUUCUUCUGGCCUCAGUUUGGGGAUCAGUACCCACAUUCGUUGCCCACGGGGUGGUCCUACUGUGGAACCUUACAACACCACGUGGGAUAAACCGGGAGCAGCAUAAAAUUACUGAGUGGGA